ACACGGACCGCGCUCUGCGUGUGACGCAUCGUCCGCUGUCGGUUUCAUUUUAUCAGUUCCUCUUACUAGUGCUGUGACAAUAAUAAAACCGGUUAUCUAAUAACACGGUUGUGUUCUUUUCUGCAAAUUCCAUUCAUAUUUCGUGGAUAGUGCGUUGUUUACUCGUAAGUCGUGGGCGUCAGCUUGACUAACUGGUGUUUCCGUUCAGUGCGAUCGAGACUUGGUCUUUUGUGUGUGAUGUGCGCAGUGCGUUUGCACUAGUUAGUAAUGUUCAUCAAAGCCGGGUCUGGAGCGGCUGAGCCGGAACGCCGUGGAUCCGUGUCCAACUGGUUUUCAUCGUUAAGACGAGGUGCAGGUCGGCGUAAACGCGAAGAAGCCACCGUACCGUCCGGAUACGGUUCGUUGGGUAGGCGGAAGGAUGGCACGCAGCCGCGUGGCAAGACCAGAUCGGCUUGGGAUCUCACCACGGUCUCGAGAAUGCAACUUAAAGAUGAACUCGGCGAAGUGGUGGCCGAGCUGGAAGCCCUUGAUGGGCAGGAGGAGUGUAAGCAGAAUAGUAAAGCCAAACAGAUGAGCAUAGGAAGGAAGAAAUUUAAUAUGGAUCCAAAGAAAGGUAUCGAAUACCUUUAUGAAAAUGGUCUACUGCAGAGGACGCCGGAGGACGUGGCGCAGUUCCUUCACAAAGGCGAGGGACUGAGCAAAACCGCGAUAGGCGACUACCUCGGUGAACGAUCGGAAUUCAAUGAGGCGGUACUAAAAGCCUUUGUCGAUCUCCAUGACUUCACCGACUUAAUACUCGUGCAGGCUCUCAGACAAUUCCUAUGGAGUUUUCGAUUGCCCGGCGAGGCUCAGAAGAUAGAUCGGAUGAUGGAAUGCUUUGCCCAGAGAUACUGCCAGUUGAACCCCGAUAUCUUCACGAACGCGGACACGUGCUACGUUCUUAGUUUCGCCAUAAUAAUGCUGAACACGUCGCUGCACAAUCCGAGUGUCAAAGACAAACCGACACCAGAACAAUUCGUCGCGAUGAACCGGGGCAUCAAUAACGGGGGUGAUCUGCCGCAGGAGUUGCUCUUGUCAUUGUACGAGUCUAUAAAGACAGAGCCCUUUAAGAUACCCGAGGACGACGGAAACGAUCUCAUGCACACAUUCUUCAAUCCCGACAAAGAAGGCUGGCUGUGGAAGCAAGGCGGCAGAUACAAAUCGUGGAAGAGACGGUGGUUUAUACUGAACGACAACUGCCUGUAUUACUUCGAGUACACGACCGACAAGGAGCCGAGGGGGAUUAUUCCAUUAGAAAAUAUAUCUGUUCGUCCAGCCAGCGAUAGACAGCGACCACAUUGUCUAGAGCUAUACGCGAGCGGAGGGGCUGAUCUCAUUAAGGCGUGCAAGACCGACUCCGAGGGAAAAGUCGUCGAAGGAAAACAUACUGUCUACAGAAUGUCAGCGGCAACAGUAGAAGAACGUGAUGAAUGGAUAGAAUGCUUGCGUCGUUCAAUAAGUCACAAUCCAUUUUACGACAUGUUGGCGCAGAGGAAGAAGAAGGCGCAACACAGCGGACACUCCGGCUCACACUAAAUUAUCCGAAACACUAUUUGAUUAAAAUAAUAAUAGAAAUACCUUGUCGAUGAUGUGGAACUAUGAAAUGUCUGAAGCAAAAUAGUCCUACGCUUCGGAUUGAAGGAUUAGUCAGCUGAUUGAUUGAUUUGUUACUGGUGGUAGGACCUCUUGUGAGUCCGCACCGGUAGAUACCACCACCCUGCUUAUUUCUGCCUUGAAGCAGUAAUGCGUUUCGGU